AUGGCUUCCUCCGGAAUCACUAUCUGCCUGGAGAAGGAUGAUGCCAAGGCAGUUGCCCGAGUCCUGCCCUACGGGGGGCAGGACUAUGGGGAACUGAAGCGCCAGUGUCUCCAGCAGGGAUCGCUCUUCGUCGACCCCGACUUCAAACCCAGCCCUGAGUCGCUUGGAUACAAUAAGCUGGGACCUGGCUCCAAGGGAGCCCAAGGGGUGGUUUGGCAGAGGCCAAAGGUGAGUCAAAACAAAGACAUUCUCCUUUUACAUCCAGUUCAUUGAUUAUCAGGAGUAGUUCCCGAAAGAAGCAAGCAGUGUACAACAGCCAGUCUGUUGAGUGUUUUGGAGAUGCUAGCAUCUUGGGGCGGGGGGGGGGGGGGCGGGGAGGGAGUAAUAUAGGUGUUAUACAUUUUUGGGGGGGACCCCUAAACCCUAGAAAUUAAUAAAUGGUAUGAUUUUGUUGGUUUGGGAUGUGAAGGGAGAAAUAGAAGCUGCAGAGGAAUUCCUGGGCUGAGCAGCUGAGCAGAACUGCUCAGCUUGCAGACUUAACAUUCAGAAUAAGAGAACAAGAAGAAUAUACAUUUAGAGACGACUGGAAAACAUUUAUUGAAUAUAUGGAAAAUAAUUGUGUAGCUGAAAAUGUGGGCAGCAUUCAGAUAAGUUCAACAGUGGAAAUAAGUUUUGAUGGGUGUAAUAAUGGAAUAUUGAAUGGUAUAGCUUUUGUAAAAUAUGCAGGGAUUUAUGAUAUAUAACAUGAACCAUGGAAAGAGAAGAAGGGAAUUCAUUGAUAUUUUAAGGAUGUAAAACUGAGUAUUUUAAGUUGUAAAAUUUAAUAAAAAUUACAUACAAAAAAAUAAGGGAAUUCCUGUGCUAGCUUAUGCAAAACGACCCGGCCAAGCUAGGGCCAUUAAGAAACACAGGUGUGAACAGAGGCGUGAACAGAGGCAGGGGUUUGGAAAGUUGUCAGGGUAACUGUGUGUUUGAGGCAACAGGAAAAGGGAGUCUGGCAGCAAGGAGUGCUGGGGGAAGAAGGGGCGGAGAAAGACUGGGAUCCAUCUUGGGCAGGUUGGCUGCAGAGCUGAUGUGGAGAGGUGUCUUGGACUCCAGGGCUGAGGGGGACAAGCCCUUCUUGAAAGGACUGUGCUGUAAGAUGUGGACUCCCUCCAUGCAGACUGAAGGUGUAAAUAGGUGACAUAUGGGAAGCCAGGUUUACACCUCCCGCUCACCUGGUGGGCUAGGGAUUUCGUAGAAUGAAAGCACUGAGUGCAUUCCAAGCCAAGGAAUUGUCUCUCAGGUACCAGAACAGGACACAGUCCCUGCACACAAAAGCCCAUUCCUCCUGGUUGCGCCAAGGUUCAUUUGUUUCAGCAGCCUGUUAUUGCAGAAGUAGGUCAUGGAAACAACUUUUCCCUGUUGUCUUUGCAGGACAUCUGCAAGCCCAAAUUGCCCUGCUUUAUCUGUGAAGGAAUGAACCGUACAGACGUCCGCCAGGGAGAACUGGGUAAUGUGUCAUAUGUUUGCCUUCUCUGUAGCUUAUUGCUUUGCUGUUAAAUUUUCCUCCCUGCUUUCUGGCCUGACUUUUGCGCCUUUGACAGCGGAAACUGUCACCUGUAUGACUACAACUUUGCGGAGUGGGGAGAAAGCAUCAACUUUUGCAUUUCUGAGGCAGAUUUAGAGAAUUAAACAGCAGAGCGUCUCUGCUAGGAAAAGACUCAGCCUCACACCACUUCUUCUCUGGCGAUCACUCGUAGCUGAGUAAGAUUGUCUUCCAUAAACACGGUUUUAACAAUGAGUCCGUAAGUGACUGUGGAGGCCAAUUCUGGAUCCACAUGUCCUUCCACAGUGGGGACAUUCUAUUUCAUUAGAGCAUGGGUAGGCAAACUAAGGCCCGGGGGCCAGAUUUGGCCCAAUCGCCUUCUAAAUCCGGCCUGUGGACGGUCCGGAAAUCAGCGUGUUUUACAUGAGUAGAAUGUGUGCUUUUAUUUCAAAUGCAUCUCUGGGUUAUUUGUGAGGCAUAGGAAUGCGUUCAUUAUUUAUUUCAAAAUAUAGUUUGCUCCCACAAGGUCUGAGGGACAAUGGACAGGCCCCCUGCUGAAAAAGUUUGCUGACCCCUGCAUUAGAGGUUUGUUGAUAUAAAAAGGUAAAGGGACCCCUGACCAUUAGGUCCAGUCAUGGCCGACUCUGGGGUUGCGGCGCUCAUCUCGCUUUAUUGGCCGAGGGAGCCGGCGUACAGCUUCUGGGUCAUGUGGCCAGCAGGACUAAGUCGCUUCUGGCGAACCAGAGCAUCGCACGGAAACGCCGUUUACCUUCCCACCAGAGCAGUACCUAUUUAUCUACUUGCACUUUGACGUACUUUCGAACUGCUAGGUUGGCAGGAGCUGGGACCGAACAACAGGAGCUCAACCCGUCGCGGGGAUUCGAACCGCCAACCUUCUGACCGGCAAGUCCUAGGUUCUGUGGUUUAACCCACAGCGCCAUAGUCAUUCAUUAAUUUUGAGUUGCCACCCUUUUCUGUUGGUGCUGCCCCGUGCCUUCGGUGGCAGCCUGGCAUACUGGAAUUUAGAAUGAGCAUGAUUUCAUCCUUUCUGGGAUCUUCUUCAUUAUAGUAAAACUCACAUGAGUAAAGCUGUUUUUCUACUUGCUAACUUUGUGCAUGCAAAGAACGGUUAAAAAAAGGCAAGUCUAAUUGGCUGCCUGAUGUUACAUCUUUACCACAAAUGUAAACUAGCUAAACAGAAGUAAACCAGCUUAAUGGAUGUGGCUUCCCUCAGGGAACCCUGGGAUUUGUAGUUCCAGGACAGGGCUAGCAGUCCUUGCAAGUAUCAUCCUCACAAAACCACAAUUUCUAGAAUGCCUUGGGAGGAGGAAAGCCGUUAUCAAUUAACAUUUAACAACUAGUUUAUGUCUGGGGUGUAGAAAGCAGCUUCGCUGUACAAACAUGAGAAGGUUUCAAAACUCUUUGUUCCUUAUCAAUCCUACAACUAGUGAUAAACCAAAUUAUUACAGAGCUGCUAUUUGUUUGCUUCCUGCUGCUGUGCCUUUUACAGCAGUCCGACAGUCAGGAAUUCAGUAGGCGAAGCUUUCUUUAGCGUCGAGAUGACAAAUCCUUCAUCUCGUGCUUUAUGUAUCUAGUUGCUGUUAAACACGCAACAAAAAUGGUGGCCAAUUGGUAUUGUUUUCCAUGCUGUGUAUAAUCCACAAAAAUUUCUACACCAAGAAACUCCACAUUUUGUUGACCAGAAUCCAUAAAAUCAAAUACAGUGGUACCUUGGGUUACGAACGCUUCAACUAACGUUUUUUCGAGUUACGAACGAUUGUAACCCGGAAGUAAGUUGUCCAAGCUCUCAGAGGCCUCGCCGCUGCCUGGAGGCAAACCCGGACAUCGGCGGAGCCUGCGGAGCUCUGUGAGGCCUCCACAAAUGUCGGGAACCAAGGCCCGACAUCCGCAGUGCCUAGAGCGGCUCUGCAGAUGUUGGGAGCCAAGCCCCGGCAUCCACGGUGCCUGCAGAGGCUCUGUGACUGGGCUCCAGCUGCAGGAGCUCUCUGAGCCUCCACGAAUGCAGGGAGCCAAGCCGAUUGUGAUUUUGGAAGAGGACCCUGAGCCCCCUCCAAACAGUGAGUUUGGAAAUAAAUUUUAACUUUUUUCAUCUAAAAUACUGUCUUAUUUAUUUUAUAGUACAGUACAUUGAUUAUUGCCUUCAUUUUAUGGAUCAAUGGUCUCGUGAAACAGUAGGAUUCGUGUUAAAUUGCUGUUUUAGGGGGUGUUUUUUCAUUGUCUGGAACGGAUCAAUCCACUUUCCAUUACUUUCAAUGGGAAAGUCCGCUUCAGGUUAAGAACGCUUCAGGUUAAGUACAGUCUUCCGGAACCAAUUAAGUACUUAACCUGAGGUACCACUGUAAUUCAUAUUAGGAAUGGACAAAUCUUUCCAAUGUGGUUUCUCUGUUUUGCAUUUUUAUCAUCUUAAAUUCAGUUUGCCACAUUUCUGCAUCGGCUAGUGAUUUAUUUAUUUUGGAAAUUCCUCGCAAAAAAAUUGUCACAAUUUUAGUGUUCAUUUCUCCUACUGUAUAUUUUUAUAUGAAAUUUUGCCCAGUGUACACCUUUUUGCAAGCCAUUUCCCCCUCCUAAUGCAAUUCAUUUUUGUGCACACUUUCCAUUCUCUCAAAAUUCAGAGAACUACGAAUUCUGAAGGUAUUUGGGGCCAUGGGAAUGAUGCACAUUAAACCAAAUUUCUCUUCUGUUCCUAAUUCAGAUAAGCAGUUGAAUUCCUCGCUUCUAGAAGAAACAGGCAGGUGUUCCCAGGGCUACACACACACCAUAACUUUAAAGCACAUGGCUCCCCCAAAGAAUCCUGGGAACUGUAGUUCUGUGACGGGCUGAGCUGCAGUUUCUGGAAUUCUUCGCAGGGGGAGUCAUAUGUACACCGUACUCCGUGUACGAACUUGCCCUGAUCUCUGUGUCAUCCUCAUUAAAUUAAGCUGAUGUGGAUGCCGCCUUCUACAGAAUCCUGAGAUGUUGUGCAUCUAUUUUCUGGAGUAUUUGCUCUUUCAAACAGUGUAGAAAUAAAUAAAUAAAUAGCAACCAUCUUCUUUCUACCUCUGACAGGUGACUGCUGGUUCCUGGCAGCAGCAGCAUCCCUCACAUUGUACCCACAUCUCCUGCACAGGGUGGUCCCACAGAGUCAAAGUUUUGAGACGGCAGACUAUGCUGGCAUCUUCCACUUCCAGGUGACUUUCAUUACAUCCCCUCCAGGAGGUCCAAUCAGCUCCCUGGUCAAAGCUUAUUCCCAUCACUGCUACCCUUGUACUUUGCUGGCUGAAAACAAAGCCCAGGCAAAGCCAUUUGCUAGCACGGAGGUGUAGGGAUUGCAGAAUUUACAGCGUCAGAAUGGAAUCCUGGAGGCUUUCAAAUGUAACCAGCUGCCGUGGCCCUCCAGGUGUCAUUCGACUACAAAACCCAUCAUCCUUUUUCAAAUAAUUAAUUAAAUAAUUUUUAUUAGUUUUUGAAUUUUAACAAAUGCACCCAAAUUAUUUAAAUUUAAUACAUUUUUUCAAAAGUAAUUAGGUUUCCCACUCCUGUUGCAAGCAUAGGUAAAGGGACCCCUGACCAUUAGGUCCAGUCAUGGCCAACUCUGGGGUUGCGGCGCUCAUCUCGCUUUAUUGGCCGAGGGAGCCGGCGUACAGCUUCCAGGUCAUGUGGCCAGCAGGACUGAGCCGCUUCUGGCGAACCAGAGCAGCGCACGGAAACGCCGUUUACCUUCCCACUGGAGUGGUACCUAUUUAUCUACUUGCACUUUGAUGUGCUUUCGAACUGCUAGGUUGGCAGGAGCAGGGACUGAGCAACAGGAACUCACUCCGUCACAGGGAUUCGAACCGCCGACCUUCUGAUCGGCAAGCCCUAGGCUCUGUGGUUUAACCCACAGCGCCACUCGUGUCCUUCCGUUGCAAGUCCAUUAAAUUCCUGGUGUUACCACUUCAUUCUUCUUCUUUGAUCACCUUCUCAAUCUUCUACUAGUUUUAAUCCAUUUUCAUAGCCAGCCGGUUUUGUUACCUUGCAAUCAGCACCGCUGUUAUUACAACAUCCAUCAUCCUUGACCAUUGGCUAUGCUGACUGUGGCUGAUGGGAGUUGUAGUCCAACAACAUCUGGAGGGCAGGCAAAGAACAGUGGUUCUCCAAAUCAAAAGCAUCUCAUUCUCAUUCAUUUCCCUCCCACCCACCCGCUUCCUAGUUCUGGCAGUAUGGGCAGUGGGUAGAUGUCGUGGUGGAUGACUUUCUGCCCACUGUGAAUGGAAAGCUGAUUUUCGUGCGCUCAGAGGAGAAGGAUGAGUUCUGGAUGCCUUUGUUGGAGAAAGCCUACGCCAAGUGAGUGGAACACCAGCUAUUUAAUUCACUGCUUAAUUUGGGCGUUGUCGGGAGCCGGAGUCAAGCAUAGGUCAGCGAUAAAGUCAACUAUUGAUUCAAGAAACUAAGACAGCGCAGGCCUGGUGACCCCAGCAGCUCAGUAGGUUUUGCCCAAAUGCAGCAGCUGUAAGGAUAGAAGGUCCCUGCCUUCCCACAGGUGCCUAAGAACCCUCCCCUGCAGGGCUUUUACCAAGCAGUUGCAGACUGCGUCUGUGCACAACCAAUCUCUGCUCUUCCUUUUUCAUUUCUCUGUGUGUUCCAAGAGACGGGGGGAAGGGAGCUGGUCGCAGUAGAAGGGGGAGACUCCCUGGAUUCUUGAGCUCAUAGCUGUCAACUGUCCCUUAUUUGGCGGGAAAGUCCCUUAUCCCAGCACCGUGUCCUGCUGCUGUCCCUUAUUGAUGAUGUCCCUUAAAUUUCCCGGGUUUCAAAGGAAGCAGCUCCUUUCCCUCCCUGCCUGCCGGCCAGGGCGGAGGGAGGCUCCAACUGUGUUGCUUGGCUGCAUUGCUCACCCAAUAAGGAGUCUAAGAACGACUGGGGGGGUGGAGCUUGCAUGCCUUGUGCCAAUCAAAUCGGCCGUGUUGCCUGGGGACUUGCCUUUGCUCAGCGCUUCCCAGCGGAGAGGUGACGGUGGUUUUCCUUGCUGCAUCCCCUUUGCUGGGUUGCUGUGCUGUGGGAACCACCGCUUGAGGCUUCUUUGGCUGCUGGCUGGGCUUUCUGCCUUUGGCUUGGAGGGGCUCAGAAGUUGAACAUACCUGUGUUCGGAAAAUCCCUUAUUUUGGCUGCUGAUCCCUUAUUUUCGAGGCUACUGGUCCCUUAUUUUCAAAUCUGUAAGCUUCAGCUGCCUCUUGGCCCCCCUCCUCUCCAGCCUCUGCUUCUGCCUCUGAUUCUGGACUGCUCUCUGCCACAGACUCUCCCCGCUCACUAAGCCCUGUCUCUUCAGCUUCCGACACCUCCUCCUCCCAGUCUUCUCCCUCUUCUCCCUCUGACCACUCAUCGUCGUCCCACCACCAAUCCCUGGGCUCUGAGUUUUCUUCCCUUGGGGGUUCCCCAGCUGGUGCCUUCCACCACUCCUCUGCAUUUGGCCAGUCCAUGACAGUUGAGGCCUUCCAGCUGUUGUCGGACUACAGUUCCCAUUACCCCUCUGCAUUGGCCACACUGCCUGGGCUGAUGGGUCCUGGAGUCCAACAACAUCCGGUGGAGCAGCAGUGAGGGUCCUCCAGGUGUUGGCAAGCUCUCUUUCUCACUAGCCUUUGCCAGCACAGUCAUAACUCUCUACAGCUGAUGAGAGUUGUAGUCAAGCAAUACCCAGAGGUCCACAGGUUCCCCAGCUUUAACUAGACUAGGGCUGUGCAAUAUCUAGUUUUCAACUUUGUGAUAUAUGGCCGGCUAAACAUGGUGAUAUACCCAGCCCCGGAUUUAGGUCUGAUGAGGCCCAAGCUACUGAAGGUAAUGGGGCCCUUUAUAUGUCCACCUGUCCUUUGUCAACAACAAAUUGUCGCUGUUUUUUGUGUUCAAUAGAUGCUAUAUGGUAAUUUAUGGACCUAAUAGGUCCAUAGGGACGCGGGUGGCACUGUGGGUAAAACCUCAGCGCCUAGGACUUACUGAUCGUAUGGUCGGCGGUUCGAAUCCCCGCGGCAGGGUGAGCUCCCGUCGUUUGGUCCCAGCUUCUGCCCACCUAGCAGUUCGAAAGCACUCUUAAGUGCAAGUAGAUAAAUAGGUACUGCUUUAUAGCGGGAAGGUAAACGGCGUUUCCGUGUGCUGUGCUGGUGCUGGCUCACCAGAGCAGCUUCGUCACAUUGGCCACGUGACCCGGAAGUGUCUCCAGACAGUGCUGGCCCCUGGCCUCUUAAGUGAGAUGGGCGCACAACCCUAGAGUCAGACACGACUGGCCUGUACGGGCAGGGGUACCUUUACCUUUAAUAGGUCCAUACACAACACAAAACACUGUUGCUGUAUGUAGGUGUUAUUUUAUCUUGUAUUUUGGAAAUGUACAUCCAGGUUUUGGUUUUUUUUGGUCUUUUUGGGGCCCCCCAAGAGAGUGGAGCCCUAAGCUAUAGCUCGGUAUAUCAUAUACUGAUAUAUCACAAUGUCUGAAAUAAGGAUGGAGCUAUGUAGAGGCAUUGGCUGACUUCACAGUUUCCCCCGCAUUGUGAUUUUUGCAUAGCAAACACACACACACACACACACACACACACACACACACAAUUCUCAAUAUAUGGCCCGGGCAAAAUUUUUGAAACCAAUCUCACAAUAUGGAAUUCAAACCGGUUUUGGACGAUAUAUCAACAUAUCACCCAGCCUUAAGCUAGACCCUCAUCUAACCAACUUUCAAAAACUAAAUACAGUCAUACCUUAGGUUAAAGUCGCUUCAGGUUGAACGGUUGCAUCCCACGGUGACCCAGAAGUAACGGAACAGGUUACUUCCGGGUUUCACCACUCACGCAUGCGCACUCAGAAUGACGUCACACGCAUGCGCAGACGCGGCAAAUCGCGACCUGCAUAUGCGCUGACGCAGGUUGCGUUCUGCUCAUGAUGCGAACGGGGCUCCGGAACAGAUCCCAUUUGCAUCCAGAGGUACCACUGUACAAAGAGUUGUCAUUCUAUAGUCUCCAACUGCCCUGAAAAUGUCGGGGCCGUUGGGAAACCCUUAAGCCACUGCAGCUUCUCACUAUGCAACGCAGAGUCCCGAUUUCUGAAAGCAGGGAAGAGCAGGAGCAGGGAGAGAGGAGACAGUGACCCAGCCUCGCAUGUUGACGCAGUGGGACCUGUGGGGAGGGGAGGAGAGGGGUCCGGGUGCCAACCUCUGCUGCCUCCUCAGCUCUGCCAGACGGUACCAACUCAACGCAUCCACUCAAUGGUGAUGGCGGCAGCAGGAGCGGCCUGGGGGGGCUGCCUUGUUCACUGGGGCCUUUUGGAGGUCACAUCUGCCAACCAUAGAGACUACGUUGCUGGCACAGAAGGGCUGCCUUGUAAACAUCUGGCACAGGUGCCUCCUCUGACGCCCAAGGCGGGUUGAUGGAAACCUCACAAUUUUACCACAUGUAACCAAGAUAUUUUGCUGGCACUGUAUUGUUGCACACUCCUCUUGGUAACAGCUGUUGGGGCAACUCUGCCAGCUCUACCCUUUCCCCAUAUUCCAUGGGCAGUGUGCCUAUAUAUGGGGCACGAGGUUGGGGGGCGCCCACCCACACCAAAGUAGAACAGAAUGCCUCCAUUUUCUUCUGAGGAAUGUCUCAGGUUGUCUCAGGAGGUUGUCUCAGGACCGAAAAACGUGUGGCAUUGAGUAGAUCGCUGCCUUGGAUGUACAGAGAAGACAAUUGCAUCGUUUCCUUAAGAGAAAAAUGGUCUAAUUUAGUGCAAGGCAGAUUCCUGUGUUCAUUCUUCUGCUCUUCAAUCUGUAUUUUUACUCUACUCCCACCUUUUCCUUCCUGCAAAGGCUGAAUGGCUCCUACGAGGGUAUAAGUCUGGGAAUGAUGAAUGAAGCCUUUGUGGACUUCACUGGCGGAGUUGGGACCAUCUUUCUGCUAAAAACACCUAACCCAGAGCUUUUCAAGAUCAUUCGAGAGGCGCUGAAGAGGCGCUCUAUGAUGGGAGCGAGCAUUAUGGUAGGUGCAGGGGGGCACUCAUUUAACGGGCUGCAGUGCUUAGUGUCAUCGGCACACCCAUCUCCCCAAAUCCCUGGCAAUAUCUUCUCAGCGGCUUGAGUGGCGAAACCAAGCUGUGGGUCAGCUGAGACCCCCAAACCUCUAUUGAGCCAGACUGAGCACCCGAUACUAGCUCUCAGUCUUGACUGGUGAAAGUUCAGGUCCAAAAACAUCGGGAGUGGGGACUGAAAGUUUUAAAUACAGUCGUACCUUGGUUUCCAGACAGCUUAGUUCUUGAAUGUUUUGGCUCCCGAAUGCCGCAAACCCGGAAGUGAGUGUUUUGGUUUGCGAACUAUUUUUGGAAGCCGAACGUCCGACAGGGCUUCCACGGCUUCCGAUUGGCUGCAGGAGCUUCCUUAGAUCCAAGCAGGCAUAAAAUAUUGCUCUCUAAUGCCAUGUUCCCUCUUGGUUUCCUUCAAUGUCACAUCUCUCCUAACCUCUCUGCUCUAACCUCUGGCUUUAUCUGUUGAGGGAGCCCCCCCCCCCCAGUCCUUUAAUCCUUUGUUCUCUUAAUGGCCUGUCACCCUGCAGUCUAGCCUUUUAACACUUGCUGAAUCCAGGAGUUCGAAGCAUCUAGCACUCAGCCGAACACCCCAAGCCUUCAUUAAAUUCUAACUCUUACCGGAUCCAGGAGUCUGGCACCCACAAACUCGUAACUCUAGGGAAAGACCUGCUGGAUCAGGCCGAAGGGGAUCUAGUCCGGCAUCCUGUUCUCACAGUGACCUACCAGAUGCUUAUGGGAUACUUUCAAGCAGGACCCGAGUGCCACAACCUUUUCCUCACUUGUGAAUCUUACCAACUGGUAUUCAGAGACACAUUCAAGGCUAUUGACAAAUUGGGGGUGGGGGGGUGGGAAGGAGUUAGUCACCCAAUUGUUCUGGGUGAUGGUGUGGGUCUGACUGUGCUGUCCAUCCUGAUUUUCUUCAGGCUAGUGGUCCUGAGGAGACUGAACUAGAAACCCCAGAGAAAUUGCUGAAAGGACAUGCCUAUUCCAUCACUGGAUUCCGCAAGGUAUGUCUUGGCAGAUUCCAGAUCAGCCUCUUCCAGGGGCAUUGAAGGCUAAAGGCUGAGAUAUUUUGUACCAGUGUGGAUCGCCUCCCUCCUUUCUCCUUUCCCGCUGCUGCUGCUGUUGUUGUUAGAAGAGCUUUUCUUACAGGGCAGCUUUUCAUUUCAUAAUUGGCCUAAAUUUAUAUCUAUCUAUCUAUCUGGGACGCAGGUGGCGCUGUGGGUUAAACCACAGAGCCUAGGACUUGCCGAUCAGAAGGUCGGCGGUUCGUAUCCCCGCGAUGGGGUGAGCUCCCUUUGCUCCUGCCAGCCUAGCAGUUCAAAAGCACGUCAAAGUGCAAGUAGAUAAAUAGGUACCGCUCUGGCGGGAAGGUAAACAGUGUUUCUGUGCGCUGCUCUGGUUCGCCAGAAGCGGCUUAGUCAUGCUGGCCACAUGACCCAGAAGCUGUACGCCAGCUCUCUUGGCCAGUAAAGCGAGAUGAGCGCCGCAACCCCAGAGUCAUCUGCAACUGAACCUAAUGGUCAGGGGGUACCUUUACCUUUACCUUUACCUCUAUCUAUCUAUCUAUCUAUCUCUCUGAAUUGGCAUGGGCCAAUGGACAUCCAGUGUGGCAAAGUGGUUAGAGUACCUGACUAGGGUCUGGAAGACCUGGGUUCAAGUCUCUACCCAGCCAUGAAGCUUGCUGGGCAAACUUAGGCCAGUCCCUGCCGAUCAUUUUUAACCUACCUCGCAGGCUUGUUGUGAGGAUUGUAAAAGGGGAGGAGACGAACGACCUACACUGCCUUGAGCUUCCUGGAGAAAAAGCAGGAUACGAAUGCAAUAGCAAAAUGUGCAAACUGCGUGUAAAUUUGUGUCCCAUGCCUCAGUUCUUUUAAGCACCUGGCAGUGCCCCCUGGUCUUUAACUCCUUUUGGGGUCUCUGCGUAAAAAAUGUCCCUGCUGGCUGUUCUCUGCUAUAAAACAGGGACCACCUGCUAUUUAUUUUGCUCAUUCUUAGGUCCAUGUGGGGGGCCAGAAGGUGAAGCUGUUGCGGUUACGGAAUCCAUGGGGCAGGGUCGAGUGGAACGGCAGCUGGAGCGACACGUGAGUUUGCCUGGAGGCUCUUGGGGGCAGGAUGAGAGGCAGAAGGCACAAUACCAGGAGAGGCAUUCUGAGCAAGCGAUCACGUUAUACUGCCUUGCAAAAUUUGGGGGUACCUGAGAUGAUGGAUAUAUGUGGGUAUCUUGAUAGCUAGCUGUGUGAUCCUCUUGAGUUUCAUGUCCACAGCCUCCAUUUCCAGGGCAAGCCCCGUACUCAUUUCACGUCCCAGAGUGUUUUAAUGUUGAAAAGGCUUAAGCAGGUCCACAAUGGGAGUCAGGAACUUAGUGUGACUGGCCCUCUUCCAGCAAAGAUUUGGCAAUUGUCCUCACCUUUUCACUUUCAGGUGUCCCUUCAAGACCUUUUCAUCCCCCCCCCAUCCUGGUAAUGACAGCUUACCCCUCACAAAGCUGCAGUUCCCAGAAUCCUCAGCACUUCCCAGGAAUCAUUGGGGGAAGCCACAUGCUUUGGAUGUGUGUUAAAUGUGCUUUUAAAUUGCACAGCGUGGACGGUGGCCACCUUCGCUAACCAGGGACGUAUCUACACUCACGGUUUAUAACGCAAAGAAAGGGUUAAAGAAUGGUUUUCAAAACGCAGAGUGAAAAACGACGCGUUGCUCUUAACGUUCUUAAAUUGUUAUUAAAAUGUGACACCAGAGGGCGCUGUAGAGAAACCAGCAGAGUUUGGGGCGGGGCGGGGGGGGGAACGAUAAGGUAAGAAAAACAUUUUAAUUUGAAAGUAUUACCUGUGACGUUUUAGAACAAUAUAUAUAAUAUCGUUUCUAUAACGUUAAACAGCUCAGUGUAGAUCCAGCCCAACUUUUGCCUAAGAAACUCUCCACCGUAGUAUGUUUGUGAAUGCCCAUGUUUUUCUGCCCUAGCUCACCACUUUGGAGCUAUGUGGAUCCUGGACUCCGGGAGCAGCUGCAUGUGAAACAAGAAGAUGGGGAAUUUUGGUAAGAAACAGAGCCCCAGAUCUUAACUCUUUUUUUGCGGGGUGGAGUUCUGCAAGGAAGUGUCUAAAAGCGUUAAAAGCUCGUGUUGAGGUUCUGCCCAAAUAGGCAGGCAAACACCCUCACCCCCAACCAGUGCUUUCCCCCAAGAAAAAUAGGUGCCGGAACUCACCAUGCAGUUGUUACAGUAAGUCACCGGGUGACUCCGGGCAGCCCUGAACUGAUUCCAGUUUGACACCAGCCGCGUGCACUGCCUGUAGAGGUGCUAAAAACUAUGGCAAGCUGUCUCCCUAGAGUCAGGAGUGCGUGCAGGAGCCAGGCCCUGUGACCAGUAGGACUUUGCAGGACUGGGGCCUUCUUAAGUUUGUUCUGAAGAGGCAAGGCACGGCCGCACAGGUGAGGCCAAUUGGUAACUCACAGCACCUGGUGGCAAGAGCCUAGAAAAGAUAUAAGGUCAGCAUUUCCCUUCAGCUCUUUGCCACAGCAACACUUUCCCUGCCUUUCUGCGUUUGGCUCCUUGCUUCAUAAUCCUCAGACCCUUGACUUCGUGACUCCUUGCUCCCUGACCCUUGGACUCUUGGCUUCCUGACUCCCGGCUUCUGGACGCCCGUUCCUGCUCCCACCCCACCAUUUUGCCCCUUGUCCCGACGUCCCCAGCCGGGACUUCAAACACCCGUGAACCGGACCGUGACACCUAGCUGGUUUGGGGGUCGCCCCCGGUUCUGCUACAGGUGAAAUAAAUGUGCCACCACCUCCCGCAUCCUCCUAGGUUCAGGUGAAUGGAUGGCUAGGGCAGUUCGGAAGGGCCCUGGCACAAAUGCACAUGCGUACAACAGUAGAGGUCUCGCUGGAGAGCUUGAAGCCUGUCACUGCUGUGUUGGAGACAGAUUGAAGGAAAGGAAAUACGUAGCAUGACCAGUCGCAGCAACGAGCUAGGUGGAGUCGUAACUCUAAAAAAAAGUAGAGUCGCACCCACUGGCCAACUCUGGUUUUGCCCCAAAAUGUUCGUUUUUGGCUUCUCCGAAGUACGUAAAGGCAAGAAGCGGACAGGGGAAACACACCGUCCUGAGAGGUGCCGGGACUGCGCUCUGGCUGAAAAAAAGCACCACCCCAAUGAACUGACAGCAGCAUUUGUGGGACCACUAUAGUCAGAGAACAGUCAGGGUUAACCCUUGCCCCCAGUAUUUUGUUGUAGUUGUUUAGUUGUGUCCGACUCUUCGUGACCCCCUGGACCAGAGCACUUCUGUCUUCCACUGCCUCCCGCAGUUUGGUCAAACUCAUGCUGGUAGCUUCGAGAACACUGUCCCACCAUCUCGUCCUCUGUUGUCCUCUUCUCCUUGUGCCCUCCAUCUUUCCCAACAUCAGGGUCUUUUCAGGAGUCUUCUCUUCUCAUGAGGUGGCCAAAGUAUUAGAGCCUCAGCUUCAGGAUCUGUCCUUCCAGUGAGCACUCAGGGCUGAUUUCCUUCAGAAUGGAGAGGUUUGAUCUUCUUGCAGUCCAUGGGACUCUCAAGAGUCUCCUCCAGCACCAGAAUUCAAAAGCAUCCAUUCUUCGGCGACCAGCCUUCUUUGUGGUCCAGCUCUCACUUCCAUACAUCACUACUGGGAAAACCAUGGUGUUGCAUACUUCCCCCCAUUUUGCUCUCUCUCUCUAGGAUGCAACUGUCUGACUUCGUACAUCAUUUCGAUAUCUUGGAGAUCUGCCACUUCCGCACUGAUGGGCUAGAAGGGGAGAGUUCCCCCUCUGGCUGGUACGGCGGCGACUGCUUCCAAGGGAGCUGGGUCAAAGGUCACACUGCGGGUGGACACCGGACCUUCAACCCCUGGGGUAAUCCUUGGAGUUUGGGACAGGGGAGUAGACAGAAGUGGCACUAGCAGGGCUGAGCUGGGAGCAGAUUAAUUGGGCAUGGUGCCAGGUCUGUGGCCUUUCAGAGGUUGAGGGACUGCAACUCCCAUCAUCCGCCCAUGACUCGGCUUUGCUGGCUAGGAACGAUGAGUGUGGGAGUUGGGCAACAUCUAGAGGGCCACAGAUUUCCCUCGCCCCGAGCAGAUGCCACAAAGGCGAGGUGGGGGAGACCUAUGGCCUUUGGGACAUUGCAGAAAAUGCAAGCAGAUAAUGAGGCAAGGAGUGUUGUGGGAACACGGCAUGCUUGUGUGGACAUGGUGGUGUGCUACUCGUGGUAAGAUUAAAAGUGAGUACAGUCAUACCUUGGGUUACAGCCGCUUCAGGUUGUGUUUUUUUGGGUCGCGGACCGCUGAAACCCGGAAGUACCGGAAUGGGUUACUUCCUGGUUUCGACGGUUGUGCACGCACAGAAGAGCUAAAUCACAUUGUGCAUGCGCAGAAGCGCCGUAUCACAACCCAUGUGUGCGCAGAUGCGGGUUGCGAAUGCUGGGGGUUGUGAACGUGCAUCCCGCACGGAUCACGUUUGCAACCCAAGCGUCCACUGUAGCUGAUUCAAUAAAUGCAUGUUAUAUUCUGAUAAGUGGAAAUGUCUUGUGGUUCCUAGCCCAAAAUUGCAGUAAUAUUGAGGGUGAGAGCCAAGAUCUCAAGAGGUGUGGAUGAGCUCUGAAUGUUUCUUAAAACAUUUUGAAUUACUACUACUGCUACUAUUAGUAGUAGUAGUAGUAGUGGUAGUAGUACCCUGCCCAGCCACUCUGAGCAGCUUCCAAUAACUAUAAAAGCAUCAUAAAACAAAAUCUUCCCUAUGCAGGUCUGCCUUCAGAUGUCUUCUAAAAGUGGUAUAGUUAUUUAUCUCCUUGACAUCUGAUGGGGGCGCGUUCCACAGGGUGAAGCGAUAGCACCACCUGCCGGCAGUUAAAAGUGCACACCUGGUGCACUUCAAUGCUGUUCAUGGAGCCGCAAAGCACUUUCAGCAGGUGAUCUCCUGGUGAGGUGUGGAAGAAACUAAGUCGCUGCUGGAGGGCCCUCAAAGUAGCGUAGUAAUGUUUGAGGAGUGGCAAUUUCACUGUAAGAAGUUUCCCAAACAAUUUCUCCCACAACCCUAGGCCCCAAACAUGCCCAAAUAUCUGAGUUAUCUGAGUGGCUUUAGACUCGUUUUCCUCGCUGUGCAGACACCUUUUGGAUGAACCCCCAGUUCCACCUUUCACUGCUGGAGCCAGACGAGAAGCAAAGGAAAAAACAGAACCAACUCCCUCAUCCCUCCUGCUCCCUCCUUGUCUCCUUGACGCAGAAGGACCGUCGCAGGAGCAAUAAGGGCUUCCUUUGCAUAGGCUAUGACAUCUUUCAGGUGAGCGCAUCAGGCUGACUGGAUCAAAUAUUGUGUCUGGUGUCAAGAUUUGCCAGAAGACCCACCUGGGGAUGAAGUAAAAGUAAUCGGUAGCUUAGGCAGGGGCUGCCCAUCCCAUUCUGCCGCCUGAGGCGAAAUGGGAAGGUGCUGCCUGCCCACCCCUAAGCGCCGCCGAAGCCUCACUUGCCAGGGAUGUGUGGCUUCAGCUUCUGCUGAUAUCGUGCAGAGGCCUGAUGUGAUUUUCCUGAGACCCCAGGAACCGAGGCGCUCAGCUAUUGCAGCUGCUUCUCCUUGCUUCUGAGGUGACGUCCCUUGGAUUUCACUGCCUGAGCAGCCUGCCUCAUGAAUGGGCCGGCCCUGAGCUUGGUGGUAGUCUGCUUCUAGAGCAUCAGUUUGCAUACAGAAAGUCCUAUGUUCAGUCCUUGACUUCUCCAGGCAGGGCUGAGAAUUCCCUGUGUGAAACUCUGGAGAGCUGCUGCCAGCCAGUGUUGACAAUACUGGGAUAGAUGGACUCAUGGUCUGACCUGGUACAAGGCAGCUUCCUAUGUCCUUCCUCUCCAUGUAAUCUGCUAAUAAGCCCCCUCUUCCACUCCACCGCCCCGCCCCCCCAGCUGUGAUCUGUCUGCUAUGUUAGUAAUAUCAUAGCUUAUCAAUUGCCUUUUCUGCCGUUCUGUGGAUUGACUCUCUCAGGGCAACUUGUGAUUAAACACAUUGACAGUUACAAUCCAAAAAUGAAAUGGCGGGGAGGUAGGGGUGUGUGUGUGUGUGUGUGUGUCUUUUAGAGAAGGAUCAGCAGCAACUGAUACUAAGUAAAGCAACUACAAUCAAGGUUGCAAUCCUAUAAUCCUAUACACACCAGGAGUGCCUACCUUUUUUGGGGGUCAAGACCCCUGUUCAUCCCAUGCCAUCUGUCCAGGCACCAGUGGUGGGUGUGGUUACCCCACACUCCGGCUGGAUCUAUACAGAUUUAAAAAACGCUAUAGAAAAAUAUGCUAUCAAAAGCUCUCUUUUUUUUUAUAAGAUAUUUAUUAGGAUUUUUAAAAUAUUACAAUAAAAAAUGAAAAAGAAAAAGAAAAUACAAAAAAAAAAUGAUUAAAAACCACUCAAUUUUUCCAUUGCUUAUUUUUCCUUAGCUUGUUUCCCAGACCUCCUCAUACCUCCCUUUUUUGUAUUCCAGUUCAGUUUGUUGGUUCAGCAAAUCCUUACCCUCUUUAUUUAUCCUAAUCUUUGAUCUUAAAAUAGUAACGUUAGAUUUUUACCUCUUAACAACCCAUUUUUCAUAUUCCCUUAAAGCAUUACAGCUGAAAACCACUUAAUUUCUAUCCAACAUCAUUCUAACAUUCAUGAAUUUUACAAUAUUUCUGUAGAUAAUCUUUGAACUUAUGCUAUCAAAAGCUCUUAAUGGAAAAUCCCUUUGGCGACAGAUCACUACUCUACAGCACCACCUGGUGCCACGUGUUUAUAAUGCAGUUAUAACGAUAUAAUUGACGAGUGUAGCUGAGUCCUCUCUCUCACACACAUACAGGGCAAACAUCACACACAAGCUGUCACUCUUCAAAUGGCCAAUAUGAUGACCCCAGAGGUAGCAGUUUGCAUCCCUACCUGGGCACUGGGCUUGUAGGGCAUACAGGGUGUUUAAACCUCUCCAGCCAUCCCAAUUCCAUGUCAGUCUGUUGUUGUCACCACCAUUGGAGGUGGGGCUGUUGGGGAAUAUAAAAAUGCAUUUGAUUUCCUGGUUGCAGCUUCAUGACCCUCCUAUAAAUUUUCCUCCUCUCUUUCUUUUCUUGCAGAUGUCCGAAGAGGUAAUAAUCCAAGUGGUUUGUACUGUCUUGAAGGGGUCUCUCUCUCUCUCUUUGCAUAAUUGCUUCACCCAGAAGUUAAGGAACGGGCUAAGAUAGGAAAGCUACAGCCCAUUUGGAAAUGAUUUUUGAAAGGGAGGUUGACACAGUGCAAGUGUGCCAGCAGGAGUGCUGGGCUGACUCCAUCAGCGUGUUUGCACUGUGCUGACCUCUCUACUGCCUGGGUAAGCAACAGUGACCCACCUGCUAGGAAGGGAGCAGCGUGGUUCUGACCCAGCCGCAGUGCUUUUAUCGGGGGGGAUGCAGGGGUACGCAUACCCCUAAACAUUUUGUGAAUCUAAGUUUGGCCUCAUUGAGGAGCAGUAUUUCAAUAUGAGUAGGAAAAUUAGAGUACCCCUAAACAUUUUUUUAAUAAAAAAAGCACUGCCCAGCCUUAUAAGCCACUUCUGUUCAUGUACCUCCUCAGUGUUAUGUGAACAAAAAUGAAGUCUGCCAAGCUGCUACAGCAGGCCGGUUGAGGGGCAUUCAUGAGGGACUGAAAAAUAAUAAUAAUAAUAAUAAUAAUAAUAAUAAUAAUAAUAAUAAUAAUUUUAUUUAUUGAAUUUAUAUACCACCCUACACCCAGACAUCUCAGGGCCGUUCACAGAAUAAAAUCAAGAUAUAAAACCACAAAAUACAUAAUAAAAAUAAAAAUGACAACCCAAUAAAGGUAAAGGGACCCCUGACCAUUAGGUUCAGUUGCAGAUGACUCUGGGGUUGCGGCGCUCAUCUCGCUUGACUGGCUGAGGGAGCCGGCGUACAGCUUCCGGGUCAUGUGGCCAGCAGGACUAAGCCACUUCUGGCGAACCAGAGCAGCGCACGGAAACGCGGUUUACCCUCCCGCCGGAGUGGUACCUAUUUAUCUACUUGCACUUUGACGUGCUUUCAAACUGCCAGGUUGGCAGGAGCAGGGACCGAGCAACGGGAGCUUACCCCGUUGCGGGGAUUCGAACUGCCGACCUUCUGAUCAGCAAGUCCUAGGCUCUGUGGUAACCCCACCCAAAAAAAACCACAUUUUCAAAGGGCAUAGGAUGUAAAUCAAAUCAACCAAAGGCCUGGUUGAAAAGGAACGUUUUUGCCUGGCGCCUAAAGGUGUAUAAUGAAGGCGCCAGGUGAACUUCCCUGGGGAGAGCAUCCCACAGAGAGGGAGCCACUGCAGAGAAGGCCCCGUUCUCGAGUUACCACCCUCCAGACCUCUCAAGGAGGAGGCACACGAAGGAGGGCCUCAGAAGAUGAUCUCUGAGUCCAAGUAGGUUCAUUUGAAUGGGAGGCUCUGGAGACUUUUCCCCCACAACAGCCUGUUCAGAACAGUGACAGUGUACUCUAGAAAUGGCCUGGGAAACUGCUGCUCCUCCCACGGAGAAAAGCCUUGUUGACUUUCUUCCUCCAGUAUCUACAGCUGAAGAGCACAGCUCAAAGAAAACAGCUGCUCCCCAAACUCAAACAAGUUUGGCCGACUGCCUACGGGUAUUUAAGAGACAUCACUGAAUAUAUCCGGUUGCCCCCCGGAGAUUACCUGAUCGUCACCAGCCUUCAAAACCCUCUGGCUGAGGCUGAAUUCACCAUCCGCGUCUUCACGGAGAAGAAACAUCGGUUCCGGUGAGUUCUGAUGCCCCAGAGGGUCUAAGCCUCAAGGCUUCUGUGCCAGCCUUGUACCUUCUGCCUGUCCCCACUGUUUUUUUUAAGAACUUGAUUUUUAUGUUUAAAAGUCAGCCUCAGUCGGUACCCUAUUUUUCGCUCCAUAAGGUGCACCAGACCGUAAGGCACACCUAGUUUUUAGAGGGGGAAAUCAAGAAAAAAAAUCCUAGUCUCUGUCCGCUUCUCCCAGAGCUUCUGGGGCUGCCAGGGGAAGCCCGGGUUUCCACCCCCCCAGCCCCAAAGAGCAAAGAAGCCAAGUCAGCGAGUGGGAUCCAGCCCACUCACUGUCUUGGCUUCCUCUUUAGCUGUGCGCAACCUCCCCAGCUGAGAGAGGCUGCACGCGGUUAAAGAAGCCAUAGCCAGGCACAGCCUCUCCCGCCGGCGGGGGUGUGCGCGGCUAUGGCAAUAACCCCACCUCCCGCAAAAGCCCACAGGAGCCGCGCACCCUUUAAGGAGCACGCGGCUCCUGCGGGCUUUUCUACGAGGAGGGAGAAGGCACUGACUGGCCAUGUCAGUCCCUUCUCCCUCCUGGGGGAAAACCCGCAAGAGCCGCGUGGAGCUUGUGUGCAGCUCUUGGGGGCUUUUCCUGCCUGCCUGCCCCCCUGCAUUCGCUCCAUAAGACGCACACACAUUUCCCCUUACUUUUUAGGAGGGAAAAAGUGUCUCUUAUGGAGCGAAAAAUACGGUAACUAUGGGUGGUAUUCAGUUCUAGAGUAGACCCAUCAGCAUUCCUAGACAUGACUAACUUAGGGUUCAUCCACAUUUCUGCUUUGCCCCAAUCUAUUGUUGUAGAUUUUUCUGGUGGGGGAUGACGACCCCUAAACCAUACUAAUUAAUAAAUGGUAGGAUUUUGAUUUUUUUGGAUCUGAAGGGAGAAAUACAAGAAGUGGAGGAUUGGGGGUGAUGCUCGUACCUGCACGUUUAGGCACUCCUAGAUGAUGUUAUGUUGUCUUCUAGGGAAAUUGGCGAAGAAGUCAGCGCAGAUGAUAAAGCACUACAGGUAACAGCUUAUUCUCUAUGGCAGUGCUUGAGGAAGAUCGGGUGAAUUUGUUUGUUGGCCUGGAUUUGGCAUCCUCAGAAUUUCAGCUUUCUUAAAACAUGAGGCCAGAUUCUAGCUCUCAAACCGCAGACACAGCUGCAGUGCCUGAUAGAAUACAGUGGUGCCUCAGGUUACAUACGCUUCAGGCUACAGACGCUUCAGGUUACAGACUCCGCUAACCCAGAAAUAGUGCUUCAGGUUAAGAACUUUGCUUCAGGAUAAGGACAGAAAUCGGGCUCCGGCGGCGCAGCAGCAGCAGGAGGCCCCAUUAGCUAAAGUGGUGCUUCAAGUUAAGAACAGUUUCAGGUUAAGAACAGACCUCCAGAACGAAUUAAGUACUUAACCCGAGGUACCACUGUAUUGCAAACCAGAAGGCAGUUGAGCAGGUGCAAAAUGGUUAGGGGCACGAAAUUCCAGCGCCUGGUGUUGCCUCAGUACGGUUGUGCGCUUCAGUCGCUGGGCUCCGUUAAAAGCAGCUUUUCCAUGCAAACCAGGAAGUGACCUCUCCAGACAACAGAACGGCUCUUCUUUUCUUAUAUCUGUGACUGUGAUCUUCUGCGUGAAGCAAAUGCUGUUAGGCCAGGCAUGUCCAAAAUUGUUUCCCUGGAUUAAACGUCAAUCCUAAAAAAAGCUCAACAAACUUUGAGCUCAACAACCUUGGUCGGCCCCCAUGCAUGUUCACUUCCUCAAAUCAGGCCUUCUUUGAAAAAAGUUUGGGCACCCCUUCAUUAGGCAGUUGAAUGGGCAUGUGUACUGUGUCCAUUUCCCUCCAUCCCACUCCCUCCACACAGCCCCGGGGGCUGGCAACCCACGCUAUGCCACUGCCCAUUUGUGCCCUGAGUCAAUCAGUUCGGUUCUCCUUCCCCCAGACCUUCAAAAAAUUGUUAAUGUGUUGUUCUGAGAGCCAGUCACUCAGUACACUGCACAGCCAACUUAUCCUAGAAACAGGGGGAACUCGUUGCUCCCCUGGCUUGAUUUGCUUUCAAUAUGUGUAUACUUGUCCUGAAAUCGAUGACUGUGGAUCCAACAGCAAGCUUGUCCCUCAAAGAAUGUACAUCUUUCUCGCGACCUUCUUGCUUUCCAGAUAAUAUCGCCCAGGAUUGAAUUCGACCAGGUGCUUGAGAAAACUUUCCUGGAGUGGGCAGGCCAGGUAAGGGAGUGUAAGAACAUUGGUCAGCACAGCCCUUACCUGCUUGUGUUGUUUUGCAAUUGGUUGAUUGUCUGGCUUAUUUAAAUAAAUUUAAAUAUUAAAUUUUUAAAAAUAAAUUUAAAUAUUGCAAACUACUCACCAUCAGUGAAGAGUCCUUUUUUAGAAUCACUGAGAAAGCAGAGAGACUACAACAAAGGGAUGUCAGAGAAUUCCAGUGAAUGGAGAAAUGGAAGAAGAAAUUGCUGAUUCACACAUACUUGCCCCGUGUUUAGAAGGGAAAUUGAUCCAGUGAAUAAAUCAGUAUUCGCUGUUGUAGAUUUCAAUCUGCAAAUGAUACCUAACUGAGCACACGCAUAGUCUGUUUGCAUUGUGUUGUGAACGAGCAGAAUAGUGUAAUGACAUAAUUUAUGUACCAUAUUUUUCGCCCUAUAGGACACACUUUUUCCCCUCCAAAAAUUAAGGGGAAAUGUGUGAGUGUCCUAUGGAGUGAAUGCAGGCUCCUUGGCUUCAGCGAAAGCAACGCAAAGCCUCCGAAGUGCAGAGGGAGCGAGGGGGAUAUUUUUUUCUUUUUGUUCUCCCCCUCUAAAACCAGGUGCGUCCUAUGGUCGGGUGCGUUCUACAGAGCGAAAAAUACAGUAAUUAAUUGCAUAAGCUAGGUAUUUUUGCCACAGCAGAAAGUAGGAUGAACAAUGUAGUUUUGGGCAGAGAAUGAACUGCAGUGGGAAGGAAACAGUGCUGAAUGCAACAAAUACAGGGCAGCGGCAGAGGGAAACAGGGCAGACAACCGUGGGACCCUGGUUGAUGUCCUGAGUAGGAGAGAAAGAGCCAGGGGCCCUGGGAAUAGAAGUGGAGGAGGAACUGAGGGUGCUUGGCAGGCCCACAAUGACCCCCACAGACCACCUCAAACAAACAGUGAUUAUAAAAAUGUACCGUAUUUUUUGCUCUAUAAGACGCACCAGACCACAAGACGCACCUAGUUUUUGGAGUAGGAAAACAAGAAAAAAAAUAUUCUGAAUCUCAGAAGCCAGAACAGCAAGAGGGAUCGCUGCACAGUGAAAGCAGCGAUCCCUCUUGCUGUUCUGGCUUCUGGGAUAGCUGCGCAGCCUGCAUUCGCUCCAUAAGAUGCACACACAUUUCCCCUUACUUUUUAGAAGGGAAAAAGUGAGUCUUAUAGAGCAAAAAAUACGGUAUAUAUUGGGGAAAUGCACAUACAAUGCAUUAAUCAGUGAAAAUAACGUACAAAAUUGCAUUAUAUUAGGGGAAAUGGUUUGCAAAAAUGUGCAUGUUAAUCAAAAACUGCAUAUAGCAAUGUGUAGGAUAAAUUAACACUGAAAUGCUGACAAAUUUUCAUGAGGAUUUAAAGUACGUUUCCAAGCAUAAUUCAAAGUGUUGGAGCUGACCUUUAAAGCCCUAAACAGCCUCGGUCCUGUAUACCUGAAGGAGCGUCUCCACCUCCAUCAUUCUGCCCGGAUACUGAGGUCCAGCUCUGAGGGCCUUCUGGCCGGUUCCCUCACUGCGAGAAGUGAGGUUACAGGGAACCAGGCAGAGGGCCUUCUUGGUAGUGGUGCCCGCCCUGUGAAACGCCCUCCCACCAGAUGUCAAAGAGAAAAAUAACUACUGUACCAAACCUUUAGAAGACAUCUGAAGGCAGCCCUGUUUAGGGAAGCUUUUAAUGUUUAAUAGGUUAUUGUAUUUUAGUCUUCUGUUGGAAGCCAACCAGAGUGGCUGGGGAAACCCAGCCAGAUGGGUGGGGUAUAAAUAAAUUAUAUUAUUAUUAUUAUUAUUAUUAUUAUUAUUAUUAUUAUUAUUAUUAUAGGAAACCCCUCAAAUUGCCAUAGAAAUGGGGUGGGGUGGGGUUUGAUUUAAGAUUAGAAAAUUGAGAAGCUUAGAGAACCAAAAUCGGCAGAUUCCAUCAUUCCUGAUCACUGGCCAUGUUAGCUGCAGUUGACAGGAGCUGGAGUUCUCCAAUAUCUGGAGGGCCAGAGGUUCCCAGCUCCUGCUUUUCACAGAGCAUUAGCCCUGAGCCUGACUGGCAUGGAGAAGAAGGUGGUGCCCAUUACAUUAUGUGACUUUUCUUGGAUUUUUAUUUGGCUGAUUCAGGACCAGCAAAUGGGCGCUGCUGAACUCCGGGGCAUUCUGAAUCAGGUCAUGAAGACCACUUGUGAGUAUCCAACACGGUUGCCUCCCCCAUCGUCUACAUUCUUCCACCUCUUCCCUUUCUUCUAGUUCGUUCCCAUCUUCUCUUUCCUAGAAUUUAAAAUCUGGAAAUAACUUGAAACUUAUUUCCCUCCCUCCCACCUACGCUUCCGUGUGGCUCCGGGAGCUGGCAACCCGUGCUAUACCACUGUUCCAGACUGUCCACUUUUCUGUGAAUGGGAUUCAGCUGCAUGCAAGCAAAUUUGGGUUUGGCAACUGAAGUGGAUUUGCCACUUUUGUGCAACUUCCCAAACAAACAUUUUUAGCAGUAGGGAAAGUGAUGGGAAAGUGGCACUGGAAAAGGUGGUAACAUUUCUUGGCCUCCUCAGCCAUUUUCUUGGUUGUGCUUUAGCCUUUUGCCCCUCUCCUCUCCCGGAAUUACUUUAACCCCCUCCCUAUCCAAAUAGUCCAAAUCACAUUCCCUAUCCAAAUCAAAUUCAAAAUCGAUGCUUUUGAAUUAUGGUGCUGGAGGAGACUCUUGAGAGUCCCAUGGACUGCAAGAAGAUCAAACGCAUCCAUUCUGAAGGAAAUCAGCCCUGAGUGCUCACUGGAAGGACAGAUCCUGAAGCUGAGGCUCCAAUACUUUGGCCACUUCAUGAGAAAAGAAGACUCCCUGGAAAAGACCCUGAUGUUGGGAAAGAUGGAGGGCACAAGGAGAAGGGGAUGGCAGAGGACGAGGUGGUUGGACAGUGUUCUCGAAGAUACAAGGAUGAGUUUGACCAAACUGUGGGAGGCAGUGGAAGACAGGAGUGCCUGGCGUGCUCUGGUCCAGGGGGUCACAAAGAGGCGGACAUGACUAAACGACUAAACAACAACAAUCCAAAUAGUGUUGCCUUAAUUGAGUGGCAGUCAGGAGCAAGAGUACAAUGAGGAGGGACGGAGCAUUUAACCCUUUCUUAGCAGUGCAAAUCAUGCCCACUCCCAGAAUCCCACUGGGGAAAGGAGGACCGUCCACUUGGCUGCAGGGGCUCCAAAGUCAGGGAGCAGAGUUGCUAUUCCACUUCCACCUUAAAGCAGAUUGGUAGUAACUGGGUGCUGCUAAAUUGUACCCAGGGGGACGCGGGUGGCGCUGUGGGUUAAACCACAGAGCCUAGGACUUGCCGAUCAGAAGGUCGGUGGUUCAAAACCCUGCGACGGGGUGAGCUCCCGUUGCUCGGUCCCAGCUCCUGCCAACCUAGCAGUUCGAAAGCACAUCAAAGUGCAAGUAGAUAAAUAGGUACCGCUCCGGCGGGAAGGUAAACGGCAUUUCUGUGCGCUGCUCUGGUUUGCCAGAAGCAGCUUAGUCCUGCUGGCCACAUGACCCGAAAGCUGUACGCCAGCUCCCUCGGCCAAUAAAGCGAGAUGAGCGCCGCAACCCCAGAGUUGGCCACAACUGGACCUAAUGGUCAGGGGUCCCUUUACCUUUACUAAAUUGUUCUUAUCUGGGAGACCUAAUAUCUGAAUCCAUUCCUCUGCCCUUGUUCCUGCAUCAACACUGAGGUCCAGCUCCGAGGGCUUUCCGGCGGUUCCCUCACUGCGCGAAGCCAAGUUACAGGGAACCAGGCAGAGGGCCUUCUCAGUGGUGGCACCCACCCUGUGGAACGCCCUCCCAUCAGAUGUCAAGGAGAUAAACAACCAACAGACUUUUAGAAGACAUCUGAAGGCAGCCCUGUUGUUAAUGUUUGAUAUUUUAUUGUGUUUUUAAUAUUCUGUUGGGAGCCGCCCAGAGUAGCUGGGGAAACCCAGCCAGAUGGGUGGGUUAUAAAUUAUUAUUAUUAUUAUUAUUAUUAUUAUUAUUAACUGCAGUAAUUAUGUGUCCAUCCUCACACCACUUUCUUUUCCAGGGUAUCCGCUGAAAACUGAUGGCUUUUCCAUGGAGCAGUGUGAAAAAAUCACCCAGCAUUUCAGUGUAUCCUUCUCUAGGGAAGUAGAUGGGGCCGGGUAUCAAGGGAAAGGAGUCCGGAUCCAACCCCUAGCACAAGAAAAUAGUGGUCCAUUGAAUGAAAGAGAACCCCAAAUUCUCAUUCUCUCUUCCAUGUAGGGAUGGCAUGAGCAUCCCACAUGGGGAGGAUGUGUGUGUCUCCGAUGGGUCAGGCUACAUUCCAGCUGUGCAAAAGCCGGAGGUCUCUAUGCUCUGCCUAAAACAUGCACUAGCUGCAUCCAAAGCAACAUGGUUUCUUAUGUGUGGUGAGGGGGGCAUGGUGCAGGGAGAAUCUCGAGGGCUGGAGGUCCCCCACCCCUGCAAUAUCCCACUUGCUUUUCCUUAACUCUGUAACAGGGCAGCAAGACAGGCAAGCUGACGCUGAGCGAGGUUAAGCAGUUCUGGACUAAGAUAACAGAAUGGGAGGUGAGGGUAGGGACCAGAUCAGUUGGAUAAAAGUCCACCUCCGAAGAGGUUCCGCAAUACCUGGGCCAGCUCUGUCAGGGUUGACGGGUUCUGGUGUCAAUACAGGCAGAAGAUGUUGAUCUGUUGAGUGGACAAUCAGGAAUCGAUCUUCUUAUUUUUAUCAGAUCUUCGUAUUUUUAUCAGCCCUGGCCAAUCUAAACUGCACCUGGGAAGAGGGAUCAAUCGUUAAACCACUCUGGGAGGGGAAGAAGGGGGAUCUCCCAACCGUUCCCAGCGCCUUUUUAAACUACAGUUCCCGGGAUACUUUGGGAGGAGCUAUGGCUGUUUAUGGGAUGUGGGUGGCACUGUGGGUUAAACCACAGAGCCUAGGGCUUGCUGAUCAGAAGGUCAGCGGUUCGAAUCCCCACGACGGAGUGAGCUCCCGUUGCUCGGUCCCUGCUCCUGCCAACCUAGCAGUUCGAAAGGACGUCAAAGUACAAGUAGAUAAAUAGGUACCGCUCUGGCGGGAGGGUAAAUGGCAUUUCCAUGCGCUGCUCUGGUUCGCCAGAAGCGGCUUAGUCAUGCUGGCCACAUGACCCGGAACCUGUACGCCAGCUCCCUCGGCCAAUAAAGCGAGAUGAGCACCGCAACCCCAGAGUCGGCCACGACUGGACCUAACGGUCAGGGGUCCCUUUACCUUUAUGGCUGUUUAUAGUGAUGUGGUACUGCUUUCAAUGUAUAGUACAGAGGGGGCCUGACUCUCGAACUCAGUAUUUGAUAGCAAGCUGCUAUCCAGCACCGAGUGCCUUCUGGUGGUUCCCUCACUGCGAGAAGCAAAGCUACAGGGAACCAGGCAGAGGGCCUUCUCGGUGGUGGCACCCGCCCUGUGGAACGCCUUCCCAUCAGAUGUCAAAGAGAUAAACAACAACCUGACAUUUAAAGACAUCUGAAGGCAGCCCUGUUUAGGGAAACUUUUAAUGUGUGACAUUUUAAUGUAUUUUUAAUCUUUGUUGGAAGCCGCCCAGAGUGGCUGGGGAAACCCAGCCACAUGGGUGGGGUACAAAUAAUAAAUAAUAAUAACUUCUCCCGAUUCCACUCCACAGAGUAUAUUCAUUGGUUAUGACAUGGACAGGUCUGGCACCAUGAACACCCAUGAAAUGCAGCUAGCACUGGACACUGCAGGUGAAUAGGAGUAGGAAAUAAUGCACGGGAAUAUUGUUCUUUAUUAUGGAGCUGAAUCUGUGAAAAUCCUCUUUGUGGAAUUCACAGGGAUCAUUUAAAAGUCAUUUGGUGUUAGAAAAGGAUCUCCACUUCAAGGCAAUUCCAAAUCUCUCCUCACCCUCACCCACCCCCCUCCUAAAUGCAGAGGUAGUCGUGAGUACUAAGUAACCAGCUUGUUGGAUCCACGCACCCACACUUCUAAAUCCCUAACUAGAAUGGAACUUCGUGGUUCAAAAGUGUGAAAUUCAGACGGGCUGCAAGGAAUGGACAGAGUGAGAUUCUGUUUAUGAUCCUCCUGUGAAGUAUAAUCUGGAUGGGAGUAACCUUACAAAAAGGGACGCGGGUGGCGCUGUGAAUUAAACCACAGAGCCUAGGACUUGCUGAUCAGAAGGUCGGCGGUUCGAAUCCCCGUGACGGGGUGAGCUCCCGUUGCUCGGUCCCUGCUCCUGCAGUUCGAAAGCACGUCAAAGUGCAAGUAGAUAAAUAGGUACCGCUCCGGCGGGAAGGUAAACAACGUUUCCGUGCGCUGCUCUGGUUCGCCAGAAGCGGCUUAGUCCUGCUGGCCACAUGACCCGGAAGCUGUAUGCCGGCUCCCUCGGCCAAUAAAGCGAGAUGAGCGCCGCAACCCCAGAGUCGGUCACGACUGGACCUAAUGCUCAGGGGUCCCUUUACCUUUAACCUUACAAAACGAGGGUUACAUGCAGUUUGAGAUUCCGUGCCCUUACAGAAUGGUGGCAUUUGCUUGCAGAUUCAAUUUCCAGAGAACCUUUGCUGUCACUCACAAAAAGACGGUUUCUUGUCCUCAUGGCUGCUGCAGAAACAGAUGAGUUGCUUGUGGGCAAUUCCUGCAGGAUUUCAAGAGGCAUGGGGUAGCUGAGUAAGAUUUGGAGGGGGUAUCCCAGAGGUGGGCUCUCCAGAUGUUGCUGGACUGCAACUCCCAUCAUCCCUGCUAGAUGGAGCUGAUGGGAGUUGUUAUUGGAGGCCAACAAUAUCUGGAGACUUCCUAUUGGAAGUGUAAUAAAUGACACAAAGCCAAAUGCUCAUUUGCUUACUUUCCAUAUUCCUCCCCCCACCCUCAUUUGUGGAAUUUUGCUCAGGGUUCCACUUAAACACAAAGACAAGAGAGGCUCUCGCAGGAAGGUAUGGCAACUCCUGGCUUCAGAUGGACUUUGACAACUUUGUGUCUCUCAUGGUGCACCUGGAAAGCAUUUUCCGUAAGAGACAACUUCCUCAUUUUAUUAUUGUUAUUGUUCAGUCAUGCUUGCAUCAUUCCCUUCCUCCAAGGAGCUAAGGGGGAUAAGUGCUUUGCUGAAACUGAAAUUAAUGCAGAGAAGUUUCUGGUUCAGCAACUAUUCAAAAUGUGUUUUUGCCGUAUAAUUGUCUGUUCAGAGUGGGACACAUUCAUCUGAGUAAAAAGGCAGUUUAAAAAUGUAACAACAACAACAACAACUGAAGUGAGCUGUAGUCCGUAAAAGCUUAUGCCAUACUGAAAAUGCUAGUCUUUAAGGGGACACAAUACUUUUUAAUGUUUUUUUUUAUUAUAAUAAACUAGCAUGGAUACCCCUCUGGAAAAUAUUUAAUAUGCAUUUUGUGAUACACUGCUGAUAUUUAAAUACAAACUUUUAAGCAGUGUUGAUUAAUGCAGAAAUGGCAAACAACGCACUUGUGUAUGAACGCACGUGAAACUGAGACAGCUUGGAAACUGAGAAAUACAUCCACACAUCUCUAAUCUUGGCAUGACUAUGUUUUUGUUUCUUUUCACCAGGGCAGUGCAAAAGCUGGGAUGCUGAUGACAAGGGACAGAUUUGCAUGACAGAGCAAAAGGUGAGGAAAAGGCAGUUGUCUCUAGACUGUCUCAUGUUCACCCUCCGAACUUGCUUCCCCCCCCCCCCCAGCAUAGAUUACUAAACUCCACUACGCUUUUUGGGGUGGGGGAUGGGAGGGCGGUUGUGUGCAUGCUUUUUUCCGCACUGGGAAGGCGUUGAAUUUGAGAUCAUCAGCAUCAAUUCCUCUAGUAGCAAACUCAAGUGUCGAUGGAAAUGCAGCCACAACAGGGCGAGGGAGGCACCAGCAUGUUCAGAAGGGAGAAGGAGCCCUCAACAACAACGACAACAACUUAUUAUUUAUACCCUGCCCAUCUGACUGGGUUUUCCCAGCCACUCUGGGCGGCUUCCAAUAAAAUAUUAAAAUACAGUAGUCCAUCAAACAUUAAAAGCUUCCCUAAACAGGGCUGCCUUCAAAUGUCUUCAAAAAGUCUGGUAGUUGUUGUCCUCUUUGACAUCUGCUGGGAGGGCGUUCCACAGGGGGGUGCCACUACCGAGAAGGCCCUCUGUCUGGUUCCCUGUAACUUGGCUUACCUCGCAGUGAGGGAACCGCCAGAAGGCCCUCGGUGCUGGACCUCAGCGUCCAGGCAGAAGGAUGGGGGUGGAGACGCUCCUUCAGGUAUACUGGACCGAGGCUGUUUAGGGCUUUAAAGGUCAGCACCAACAAUCUGAAUUGUGCUCAGAAAUUUACUGGGUGCCAAUGUAGGUCUUUCAAGACCAGUGUUAUGUGGUCUCGGCGGCCUCUCCCAGUCACUAGUCUAGUUGCUGCAUUCUGGAUUAGUUGUAGUUUCCGGGUCACCUUCAAAGGUAGCCCCACAUAGAGAGCAUUGCAGUAGUCCAAGUGGGAGAUAACCAGCGCAUGCUCCACUCUGGUGACACAGUCCGUGGGCAGAUAGGGUCUCAGCCUGUGUACCAGAUGGAGCUGGUAAACAGCUGCCCUGGACACAGAAUUCACCUGCACCUCCAUGGACAGUUACAAGUCCAAAAUGACUCCUAGGCUGCGCACCUGUUCCUUCAGGGGCACAGUUACCCCAUUCAGGACCAGUGAGUCCUCCACACCUGCCCAUUUCCUGCCCCCCAAAACAGUACUUCUGUCUUGUCAGGAUUCAACCUCAAUCUGUUAGCCACCAUCCAUCCUCCAACUGCCUCCAGACACUCACACAGGACCUUCACCACCUUCACUGGUUCCAGUUUAAAAGAGAGGUAGAGCUGGGUAUCAUCCGCAUAUUGAUGAACACCCAGCCCAAACCCCCUGAUGAUCUCUCCCAGCAGAUGCAUGUAGAUGUUGAAAAGCACGGGGGAGAGGACAGAACCCUGAGGCACCCCACAAGUGAGGGCCCAGGGGUCUGAACACUCAUCCGCCAACACCACCUUCUGAACAUGGCCCAGGAGGAAGGAGCGGAACCAGCGUAUAACAGUGGCCCCAGCUCCCAGCCCCUCUAGAGUUGCAGAAGAAGAAAACAAAGUCUAAUCGAGCUAAUGUGGUGUAAACAUGGCUGAAAAAAGAGGGUAGAAAGGGAUGUUAAGACUGCUCAAGUUACUAAAGGUUGCAGUAUUUUGAAGUGGAGGAUUAUGGUUAGGGCUAGCAUCUCCUGUCACUAAACCCUCCAGUCCAGUAUGUUAGGAGUUUUUAAGGCAGGAUUUGGCUCACCAGUGGCUCUCCAGAUGUUGUUGAGCUCUAACUCCCAUCAUAGCCACUGGUCAGGAGUGAUGAGAUUUUGUCAGGGACUGUGCUGAGGAGGGCUGCUCUGAGGAGGAAUGGUGGGAUUCUGAAUCUUCCCAGGAGCAGGAGGACAGUAUAGAUUUGGAACAGUGGUUUCCAGAGGGAUGUAGUUCAGAAGGCAGAAGCUGGGAAUAACUGGGUGGUGAACAGCUAGAAGAAGAACUGGGGAAGAGAGAGUUAACAGACUUAAUAUCACUGGAAAGCAUCCAUCCGAUCAGCUGAAGGUCAAGGAGAGCAGAUAAGGUGUCAGAACAGAAAGCACAGUGGUUGCGAGAUCAGGUUGCAAGACAUGGAAAUGACGUGGGUGACUAGGGGGGACGUGGGUGGAGCCCUUAAUUGGGAGCACCUCCAUUCCGAGGAAUGGAUUCUUUGUUCUCUCGCUGUGAUCAUUAAAAACUAUAAAUGGUAAGAGACUCCUUUCGCUUUGUUCUGCUUAUAUAUACUGCCAAAGGAGGGGAAGGAAGCUGAGUCCAUGGAGCCUGACGGAUUUGUAGUCCAAAAGCAUCUGUGGGGCUACAGGUUCCCUAUCCCUUCCAUAGAGUAUCAUGGCCAAUGACAGCUCAAAAUGAAUACAGGCUGUGUAGGAAUAAAUGUUUUCCUCUCUCUUAUCUAUGAAGAUAAUCUCUCCCAAGCAGGUCAAGUAAUAACAAGAGCCCAGAGCAACGUGGGGUGAGACAGUAGUGUUUACAUGAGCUUUUGACGCAGCUCACAAUGCUACCCAGUUUUUAAAUCAGCCCUGUGGCUUGUCCAAGCCCUCUGUCCUCCUUAUAACACCUGCAACUGUCUACUAUAUUGUAGCCCAAAGCAAGUGGGGAAUUAAAGCUCACCUGAUUUCAUUUCUGCCUUUCAGUGGAUGGAUCUUGUCAUGUCCACCUGAUUCAGCCAUCUCCCACUCUCCAUCCGUGGAUGAUCACGAUUCAGUAUGCCCAGAUGCAUCCAAAGAUAACCUCGACAUUCACUGAACGUUUCAAGUUCCACAAUCAGAAUAAAUCAAGCACUGCAGUGAAAUGCUUAGCCAUUUUAAUUCUAUAAUGGAUGUAAUUAAAAUGAAACUUUCGGUCCCCACUUUGCUUAUAGCUGAAAAGAAUACCAUUUUAAUUUGCAUAUAAGUAUCAAAUGAGCAUGAGGCAGUUAAUCCCAGGGUUGUGGGUUCGAGCGCCA